AUGGUAGAGAAUCAGCAAGCAAUAAGAAGGUAUCUGGAACUUGAUAUCCAGAACCCUCUACCUAUUCAUGAUAUACCUUCCAUGGAUUUAAUUACCUGGCAUUGUCGAGGAGCAGGAAACAAGAAAUUCAAAAAAACUUUGAGAAAGCUAGUCCAUAUACAGAAACCAGCUCUGGUAGUGCUUAUGGAGCCUAAAGUGGAAUUUAAAGCCAUGGGAAUGUACUUCAACUGCAUGGGAUUCACUGCUUCAACUCAGGUAGAUCCUAUUGGGCGCAGUGGAGGUAUUUGGAUGAUUUGGAAUCCUAAUGUGGUGAAUGUCAGAGUUGUGGAGGCAUGUACCCAACCGAUCACAGCGAUAAUCUCUCGACAAGACUUCCAAGAUUGGGUUCUAUCAGCAGUUUAUGCUAGUCCUAAUCCUAACAAGAGAGAUGAAUUAUGGGAACAACUUACAACUAUUGCUCAGUCCAUGGAUAAACCAUGGUUAGUUGCUGGUGAUUUUAACGAUUUCUCAUCCCCAAAUGAGAAACGGAGUCUUCAAGGGAGCAACACUCAAAGUAUUAAUCAAGACCUUAGAAGAAGUAGUAAGUUCAAUGAUAGACUUAAUAUAUGUAAGCUGAUAGAUUUAGGUUGUGCAAGUCCACAACUGACAUGGUCUAAUAAUCGAAAAGGUUGGGCUAGUACUAUGGUUCAACUGGAUAGGGCCUUGUGCAAUACUGAAUGGUGA